AGCAACACUGAAAGUAAACACGACGCGGCCAGCAGAAAAUGGCGACGUCAAAAAGUGCGAACACCUACAAUCGGCUCAACUGGGAAGAAGCCGAGUUCCCCAUCCUCUGCCAAACAUGCUUGGGCGACAACCCUUACGUACGCAUGACCAAGGAGCGGUAUGGCAAGGAGUGCAAGAUAUGCUCGCGCCCUUUCACCGUGUUCCGAUGGUGCCCCGGUGGUCGGAUGCGCUUCAAGAAGACCGAGGUAUGUCAAACGUGCAGCAAGCUCAAGAACGUCUGCCAAACUUGCCUGCUCGACCUGGACUACGGCCUACCGGUGCAGGUGCGCGAUAAUGCGCUCAGCCUGCGCGACGACAUGCCCAAGUCGGACGUGAACAAGGAGUACUACUCGCAGAACAUGGAGCGCGCCGUCGCCGACGGUGACCCCAGCCAACCGUACGGGACUCUCGCCAAGGCGCAGAGUCCAAGCGAUCUCCUGAUGAAGCUGGCGCGCACGACGCCGUACUACAAGCGCAACCGACCGCACAUUUGCAGCUUCUGGGUAAAGGGAGAGUGCAAGAGAGGCGAGGAGUGCCCGUACAGGCACGAGAAGCCGACGGACCCGGACGAUCCACUGGCUGACCAGAACAUCCGCGACCGCUACUACGGCGUCAACGAUCCGGUCGCCGACAAACUCCUGCGUCGGGCCGCCGCCAUGCCGAAACUGGAGCCGCCGGAGGACACUUCCAUCACCACACUGUACGUGGGCAACCUGGGCGACCGUCUGACGGAGAAGGACCUGCGCGACCACUUCUACCAGUACGGCGAGAUCCGCGGCGUCACCAUGCUUGCGAGACAGCAGUGCGCCUUCGUGCAGUUCACCAACCGCGUCAGCGCCGAGCUGGCCGCUGACAAGACGUUCAACAAGCUCAUCCUCGGGGGUCGCCGCCUCGUCAUUAAGUGGGGGCGCCCGCUGGCACGCCAAGCGAUGCCGUCGGGGUCCGACAGCACCGAAGGUCGCCCCUCCGGCCCGCCGCUGGAACCCGUGCCCGGUCUACCGGGGGCCCUUCCGCUACCGCCCGACGAGUUGGCCAACAACUACUUCAACCUGGCCCCGCUGCACCCACCUCCGCCUCCCAUCGCGUUUGCGCCGCCUCCACCCCCGACAGCGUUCCUCGCGCCUCCGGGGGAGGUGGCGCCCCUUCCACCGCUCCCGCCUCCCCCGGGACUGGCGCCCCCCGGAACCGUGCCCCCGCCGCCGGCACCGCACAUGCGUGCUCCCAUCCACUACCCGUCUCAGGAUCCCCAACGUCUGGGCAGCAGGGGCAAGCUCUAGAGCAGCGCGCCAUUUGCAUUCCCUUGCUCGCGGCUCUUUUACGGGCAGCGGCGAGAAUAAAGAGAAACUUCGCCAACGUGAAGUGACAGCCUUACCAGUGCGACCGGAGUGUGUGUCUGUGCUCAUUAAACUGGCAUGGCUUGAAAGCAAAAGUGGUGAUGCGGCUUGUCAGGUGCAGUGGUAGCAGAGGCUGCCACAAGUGGGGCCAUUGUUUCGUUUUCCAGCUUCUCUGUUCACGUUGAGAGUAGCCGACUGAUUGGCAGGCCCGUUUUCACUAAACCUGCUAUCAUGCCUAUUUCACCUAGUUUGAUUUCACACAUGCGACACCGCAAGUACAGCUGACAAGCCUCGAACCUCUCUGUGGGCACAACUUUUAGGAGCAUGAGCACUUGUUUGGCUACCUUCCACACAUCUUGUUGAUGUUCCUGUGUACAUGUUUUUGGUUGCCGUCAGCUAGAUGCAGUAGUGCCUUAGUCGGGAGCAAACCAGAGGUACUGGUGGCGUUGGUUAUCCAUAUGCUACACACAGUGACACCACACAUUGAGCCACUUUGGGCAACUUGAUGCACGCAUCUCAGCCAAAGACUCCAGCUGGGCACAACAGCUCAUAUGUAAUGAAUAGGCUUGUACAGAUAUCUGUGCUACCUCUAAAGAUGUGGUACUGACUGGCUUUUUUCUCUAUAGAAUUAUGCAUUGAGACAGCAAAUGGUUCCUAAGUAUCCUCACUGCAACAAAUACACAUCUCCAAGCACAUAACUCUUUGCCUUCUCCCCUGGUAUGGUGUCUAGAAAAGUCGUCGCGUCGAUCAAGUGUAGUUCACUUCUCUGCAUCAUGACACAAAAAUAGUGCUACUGUCAGCAGACUAGUGGUUCCGCGCACGUCACUCAUACGCAGGGAAGAAUGUGGUGUAGACAAAAGGUGUGCUUGAAGAUUUCACUGUCACUGAUUUCAGCUAUGAUGUGCUCUUCAAAUACCAUUCCGACUAGUGCAAGCAGAGCUGUGUGGGACAUUUUGCUAUUGUCAAAAAAUGCAAAGUGCUGGAAUUGAAUUAAAUUAUGUGGUUCAACAUCCACAAGCAAUUAAGUAACGCACAGGCUAUGAGAGAUGUCGUCGUGGGGCACUCCAGAUUACUCUUUGACUGCCUGAGGAUUUUUAAUGUGCG